AUGCUGGCAAGAUCUAGGGAUUACAGGGACCCGAGCAAACCCGAGGUCGCGCAGCGUGAGCUAGCAUCUGGAGCCCGUGUUUGUGCGGCCAUGGGGGUGCAGGGCCUGUGGGAGCUGCUGGCUCCAGUGGGCCGGCGGGUGUCCGUUGAGGCCCUCGCCAACAAAACGGUGGCUGUCGGUGCGUUCCAACUUCCAAUCGAGCGGAUUCGCGCGGUGUUAGGAUUGUGCAGCGAUUCGCCCAACGUAGCCUCUCCCUCCGCUCCGCGUCACCGGCUGCCAACGGCUCAGUCGCCUGUAUUAACCGCGCGUCUUUCCCCCUUCCGCCCCCCAUUCCCCCCCGGCGGAACAUGCUCAGACGCGAGCAUAUGGCUGGUGCAGUUCCUCAAGGCGAUGCGCGACGAGCGCGGGGAGCUGCUGCCGGGCGCGCACCUGCUGGGCUUCCUGCGGCGCGUGUGCAAGCUGCUCUUCCUGCGCAUCCGCCCGCUCAUCGUCUUCGACGGCGCCACGCCCGCGCUCAAGCGCCGCACCGUCCUUGCGCGCCGCCGCCAGCGCGAGAACGCGCAGAUCAACCUGCGCAGGACCGCGGAGAAGCUGCUGCUCAACCAGCUGCGGCUGCGCAAGCUAGAGGAGGCAGCAAAGGAGCUGCAGCAGAGAGGCAGGGGGCGGGCGGCGGGCAAGGGAAGUGGAGGGGCGCGGGGAGGGGGCAAGGGGAAGGAGAAGGUGGAAGAGUUGGUGGGCGACGGGAAGCAGGAGGGCGAGGGGGGAGGGGGAGGCGAUCAAGGAGCCAUGGCAGCAGAGAGGCAGUGCCGCGGUGAGGAGGAGUUGAAGAGGGGUCAGGAACACGCCGAUGCUCUCCUGGCAGCAUCGCUGGCAGCUGAGUGGGCAGGGCAAUCCGCGGGCGCCUCUGGUGCUGCCCGGGAUGGGGCAGGCACCUCUCGUGAUGCCGGUGCUGCUGCUGCUGCUGCUGCUGCUGAUACUGCUGGUGGUGCUGGCUGUGGUGAGGCAGCCGGGACGGCAGUGGGAAUGGUGGGUGGUGAUGGUGGGAGCGACGAGGACAGUGAUGAGGAUGACUUGACCGAAGAAGCUAUGGCGCUCCUGCCGGAGGUGGCAUCUGGGGGAGGCGCACCUCUGGACCCGGCAGUGCUGGCGUCGCUCCCACCCUCCCUGCAGCUGCAGCUCAUGGUGCAGGUGGGUGCUGCAGCUCAUGGUGCAGGUGGGUGUGCUGCAGCUGAUAAUCCUGCGCCCCCGGACCAAGGCGCGCCCCCGGACCAAGGCGCGCCCCCGGACCAAGGCGCGCCCCCGGACCAAGGCGCGCCCCCGGACCAAGGCGCGCCCCCGGACCAAGGCGCGCCCCCGGACCAAGGCGCGCGCCCGGACCAAGGCGCGCCCCCGGACCAAGGCGCGCCCCCGGACCAAGGCGCGCCCCCGGACCAAGGCGCGCCCCCGGACCAAGGCGCGCCCCCGGACCAAGGCGCGCCCCCGGACCAAGGCGCGCCCCCGGACCAAGGCGCGCGCCCGGACCAAGGCGCGCCCCCGGACCAAGGCGCGCCCCCGGACCAAGGCGCGCCCCCGGACCAAGGCGCGCCCCCGGACCAAGGCGCGCCUCCGGACCAAGGCGCGCCGGGCGCGCCCCCGGACCAAGGCGCGCCCCCGGACCAAGGCGCGCCCCCGGACCAAGGCGCGCCCCCGGACCAAGGCGCGCCCCCGGACCAAGGCGCGCCCCCGGACCAAGGCGCGCCCCCGGACCAAGGCGCGCCCCCGGACCAAGGCGCGCCCCCGGACCAAGGCGCGCCCCCGGACCAAGGCGCGCCCCCGGACCAAGGCGCGCCCCCGGACCAAGGCGCGCCCCCGGACCAAGGCGCGCCCCCGGACCAAGGCGCGCCCCCGGACCGAGGCGCGCCCCCGGACCGAGGCGCGCCCCCGGACCGAGGCGCGCCCCCGGACCGAGGCGCGCCCCCGGACCGAGGCGCGCCCCCGGACCGAGGCGCGCCCCCGGACCGAGGCGCGCCCCCGGACCGAGGCGCGCCCCCGGACCGAGGCGCGCCCCCGGACCGAGGCGCGCCCCCGGACCGAGGCGCGCGCCCGGUCCGAGGCGCGCCCCCGGACCAAGGCGCGCCCCCGGACCAAGGCGCGCCCCCGGACCAAGGCGCGCCCCCGGACCAAGGCGCGCCCCCGGACCAAGGCGCGCCCCCGGACCAAGGCGCGCCCCCGGACCAAGGCGCGCCCCCGGACCAAGGCGCGCCCCCGGACCAAGGCGCGCCCCCGGACCAAGGCGCGCCCCCGGACCAAGGCGCGCCCCCGGACCAAGGCGCGCCCCCGGACCAAGGCGCGCCCCCGGACCAAGGCGCGCCCCCGGACCAAGGCGCGCCCCCGGACCAAGGCGCGCCCCCGGACCAAGGCGCGCCCCCGGACCAAGGCGCGCCCCCGGACCAAGGCGCGCCCCCGGACCAAGGCGCGCCCCCGGACCAAGGCGCGCCCCCGGACCAAGGCGCGCCCCCGGACCAAGGCGCGCCCCCGGACCAAGGCGCGCCCCCGGACCAAGGCGCGCGCCCGGACCAAGGCGCGCGCCCGGACCAAGGCGCGCGCCCGGACCAAGGCGCGCCCCCGGACCAAGGCGCGCCCCCGGACCAAGGCGCGCCCCCGGACCAAGGCGCGCCCCCGGACCAAGGCGCGCCCCCGGACCAAGGCGCGCGCCCGGACCAAGGCGCGCCCCCGGACCAAGGCGCGCCCCCGGACCAAGGCGCGCCCCCGGACCAAGGCGCGCCCCCGGACCAAGGCGCGCCCCCGGACCAAGGCGCGCCCCCGGACCAAGGCGCGCCCCCGGACCAAGGCGCGCCCCCGGACCAAGGCGCGCCCCCGGACCAAGGCGCGCCCCCGGACCAAGGCGCGCCCCCGGACCAAGGCGCGCCCCCGGACCAAGGCGCGCCCCCGGACCAAGGCGCGCCCCCGGACCAAGGCGCGCCCCCGGACCAAGGCGCGCCCCCGGACCAAGGCGCGCCCCCGGACCAAGGCGCGCCCCCGGACCAAGGCGCGCCCCCGGACCAAGGCGCGCCCCCGGACCAAGGCGCGCCCCCGGACCAAGGCGCGCCCCCGGACCAAGGCGCGCCCCCGGACCAAGGCGCGCCCCCGGACCAAGGCGCGCCCCCGGACCAAGGCGCGCCCCCGGACCAAGGCGCGCCCCCGGACCAAGGCGCGCCCCCGGACCAAGGCGCGCCCCCGGACCAAGGCGCGCCCCCGGACCAAGGCGCGCCCCCGGACCAAGGCGCGCCCCCGGACCAAGGCGCGCCCCCGGACCAAGGCGCGCCCCCGGACCAAGGCGCGCCCCCGGACCAAGGCGCGCCCCCGGACCAAGGCGCGCCCCCGGACCAAGGCGCGCCCCCGGACCAAGGCGCGCCCCCGGACCCAGGCGCGCCCCCGGACCCAGGGCGGGGGCAGGGGGGCGUGCAGGGGCUGCAGCUGCCUGGUAUUCUGCAGCAGGCGGUGAGCUGGGGGAGGAGCAGGGGUAAGCUGGGGGAACAGGUAGUGGGGGGCGCUGGAGAGGCGAAGGGUGGUGUGACUGGUGGGGCCAGGGAUGGGGACAGUGCGGGAGGUGACGUUAAAAUUGGGGUGGAAAGAGGGGGAGAGGCAGAGAAGGAUGCGUAUUUGGCACUGGUGGCAGAGGAAGGCAUGGCUCAGCCCACACAGAGAGGUGUCAGUGCUGCCAGUACAGAUUCUGCUGCUGCCGCUACCGGGGCUGCUCGUGAUGCCCGUCCUCUUGGUGACAGUGGCUCCGGUGCUGCUGCUGGCAGCACUGGAGCACACAAUGCUGCUGACGUUGAUUUCGAUCCAGCAGAGGCAGCAGAGAGGGAUGCGGUAGGAGGAGGGGCAGAGGGGGAGGUAGCAGGAGGUGCAGCGGCGGGUGGGAGUGUGCCGACAUACCGGGACGAGCAGGGCAGGGUGCGGGUGAGUCGAGUGCGAGGCAUGGGCGUGCGCAUGACCCGUGACCUGCAGUGGAACCUGGUUCUCAUGCGCGAACGGGAGAAGGAGAGGGUGAUGGGCACGGGGAAUGGGGGCGAGGAGGAGAAGGGGAGGGUUAUAGGAGGAGAGAUGAUGAAGGGGAGUGAGGGCGUGCGGGGAAAGGGCGAAGAGCAAGGAGGUGAGGACGAGGAGGUGCAGUGGGAUGAUGGGACAGUGGAUGGUGUGUGCGGGAGGGGGAACAAAGAAGCAGAUGGGGGUCACGAGAAGGAGGCGGGAAGGGGUUGGGGGAAGGUGGGGAAGGUGAGGAAGAGGGAGAAGGGGAAGCGUGGGAGUGCGUGGGAGGAGGAGCAGGUGGCAGAGGCUGUGAGAAGAAGCCUGGAGGACAUGGGGGGAAGGAAGCAAGGGGCGCAGGGUGGGGGUGCAGUGGAGUUUGGGGAUGAGGUUGGGGGGAGUGGAGGGGAGGGAGGAGGGAGGGGAGAGGGGGCAGUGGAGGGAGGGGAGGGGGGAGCGGAUGAGGUGGAGGAGGAGAGAGCAGCAUUGGAGGAGGAAGCGAGAAGGUUACGAGAGGAGAUGCGGGAGGGCCAGCGACGAGUGCAGCCUCCUCGUGUGGGCACUCACUGGGCCAUACCUUUCUGCACCCGUCUGCACCUGUGUGCGCCUGUCUGCGACAAUGCCCAGCGUGCUGCUGGUGCGACGACCAUAGUGGAGCUGCUGCAGCAGUGCGGGGUGCCAUACAUAGUAGCACCGCAGGAGGCGGAGGCGCAGUGUGCAUGGCUGGCACAGCACGGAGUGGUGGACGCGGUGGUGUCAGACGACUGUGAUGCGCUGCUCUUCGGUGCUCCCACUCUCUGGCGCCACCUCUUCUCUGAUAAGCACUAUGUGGAGGUGUAUCGUGCUGAGGACGUGCGGAGGGAGUUGGGGCUCAGCAGGAGGCACCUUGUGCGCAUGGCCAUGCUAUUGGGUUGUGACUACACGCCUGGCAUCAGUGGCAUCGGAGUGGUGAACGCCAUCGAGGUGAUUCACGCCUUCCCUGGAGCACGCGGCUUACAACGCUUCCGCCACUGGCUUGACUCCCCCCAUGCUGCUGCCCUCGCCCACCUGCUGCCUGGGGGUGCAAAAGGCGGUGCAGAGGGUGGUACUGUGGGCGGGGCUGAUGGGUGGGAGGAGGACGAUAGGCAGUGGGUGGUACCGGGCAACUUCCCCAGCCCAGCGGUGGCAGUGGCGUUCAACCGCCCCCACGUGGAUCGCAGCACCGCCCCUCCCUCCUGGCACCCGCCCGACCUCCCUGCUCUGCGCCAGCUGUGUGUGGCAAAGCUGGGCAUGGCGCCAGAGAAGGCGGAUGCACUGCUGCUGCCGGUCGUCAAAGCCGCCUCCUCCCGCCAGGCCCAGCAGCGGCUGGAGGCGUUCUAUUCAUUCAAGCAGCGCUUUGCCAAGAUCCGCUCGCGCCGCGUGCAGCGGGCCGUCACGGGCAUCGCUGGCAGCGCUGCCAGGCACCUCAUGCUGCCGGCCUCAGGGGUCACUGCUCCUGAGGACGACGCUGCAGAGGAGGAGCAUUUCCUUCAUGCCCCUGCCAGCGCUGCUAAUGCUGCUGCUGCUGCCGGUGUUGCUGCUGCUGAUGGUGCGGGCGAUGGGGAUGUUUCUGGUGACAGGGAGCAGCAUGGUGCAGCAGCAGCAUCAGGUGGUGGUCGUGGUGGUGGGGCGGCUGGUGUGAGGCGUGGGAAGGCCAAGGGUGCUGCUGUUGCUCGACACUCGCAUGGGGCAGAGCAGCAACAGCAUGGCGCUCAGCAAGGGAACCAGCAUACCUGCCCUCGUCACGCCUCAGGUGAAGCCCACACGGCAGAAGCGAGUACAGGGCAGGGGGGAGCACCGUGCAGCUCCCUGCAUGCGUUCAUGCAUGGCGGGGGGUUCUGUGUGGGGGAGGAGCAGCAUGGCAAAGGACAGGUGAUGGAGGCAGGGGGGAAGGAAAAUGGAGAGCAAGAUCAACAGCUGUGGAUGGAGCAGACGGGAGGUGUGGAACGGGAAGAGAUACGGGGCGUUGUGGCAACACGCAGCGACCACUCUCUCACCCUCACCUCAUUAGAGCCAGCUGCUUCUACUACACCUGCAACUUCUGCACGGGACUCCUAUGCGCAAUCCAGCGACCACCAGCCACGUCUCGUCUCGCCACCGCGCUACGCCUCCAUGGCGCACGCCAUGGCCCAGCCGCUCUCUCUUUGCCGCCCAACUCCGAUUUUCGCGGCGCCCGCGUCGCUAUCCCCGUCACUAUCGGCGCGCUGUGCGCGCGUGCCACGCGGUGCGGGCUUGAGCCGACUUUCCGCCGUAAGAGCUCCUUCAGCGGUGGCGGCGCGGCGGCGCGUAGUCGUCACUGCUUCCGCAGGUGCGCGCGCGGAGGACGGGAGCGCAGAAACGGCGGAGAUAGAGGCGGCGGUGGCGGUGCUGGCGGAGGCGGCGCGCAGCAAGCAGGUGAAGGGCGAGGCGGUGUUCGCAGCGCUGCGGCGGCUGGAGACGCGCAAGGUGGGCGCGGAGGAGAGCAAGGCGUGGCUGGCGGCGCUGGGAGGGGCGGCAUCGCCUGGACACAUGUGGCAGCUCGUGUUCACCGCUGGUGCGCAAGGCGGCCAAGGGCGGGAGGGCACGGGUUCAUACUUUCCCAUCCCCGCCAUCCAACGAUUCGAUGCCACCGCGAUGGAGAUAGAGAACGGGGUGUUUCUGGGGCCGGUGGGCUACCUCACCUUUCAGGGCCCCAUGGGCUUCACCGGUCGCCGCCUCGCCUUCACCUUCCACACGCUCACCCUCAAGCUCGGCCCGCUGCCGCCCUUCCAGUUUGCAAUAGGAAAGGAGGAGGACAAGGGGAGGGUACCAGGGGAGGGCAAGGCGGGCAGCAAGGACCCUUUCUUCACCUGGUUCUACGUUGAUGACAAAAUUGCUGCUGCCAGGGGCAGGGGAGGUGGUGCUGCCUUUUGGUUUACAGCGAAGUAUAUCAAAUUGAAGAAGCGCCGCAAUCAGCACCACCUAGCGAAAUGCGCUUGUGCGACGUGUGAGACCAAGAUGCGCGAUGGCGGUGCCACAACAGGUAGUCUCGCUGCUCCUCAAGCGUGCACCAGGCCGCGCGGAGCAGGCGGAGCGGGCGGAGCGGAGAGGGCGGAGCGGAGCGAGCGGGGCGCCAUGCGCGCCGUCUUUCAGCGGGUGUCCUCUGCCCGCGUCGAGGUGGAGGGGCGCGUGGUGGCGGAGAUCGGCGCGGGGCUGUGCGUACUGGUGGGGGUGAUGGCGGGGGACGGCGAGCAGGACUGCGACUACAUGUGUCGCAAGAUCCUGAAUCUGCGCCUGUGGCCCAAUGAGAAGACCGGCAAGGCGUGGGACCAGAGCGUGUCGCAACGAGGCUAUGAGGUAUUGCUAGUGAGUCAGUUCACGCUGUACGGGCAGCCCAAGGGCAACAAGCUCGACUUCCACAUCGCCAUGCCACCGCAGGAAGCCAGUGCCUUCUACAAUGACUUUGUGCACCGCGUGCGCCGCGCCUACCACCCCGACCGAGUCAAAGACGGCAUCUUUGGCGCCAUGAUGGAGGUGCACAUAGCCAACAGCGGCCCCGUCACGCUCUUCCUCGACUCGCGCAAGCAGUCAGGCACAGAAGGGAACGGGGGCAACGCGGGCAAUGGGGCUGAUGGGGGCAAGGAGGGGCAGUGA